ACCUCGCAGACACAGCAGCUUCGGUCACCACACCAACUUUCUGGGACCUGAACAGGCAUUUUUAUAUGUCGAGCGGGCAGACGGUGUUACUGGAUCAAUGAUGCGCCUGAUCAAAGCACGCGCUGAACUUUUUCAGUGAGUUAAAGAUGUUAAAGAGGCGCGUCUCCGGCGCGUUGGCUCUCCUCGUCCUCGCAGCGUGUCUGCGGCUGGGAGGCUGCAAGGCAACCUGUCAGAUUGUAAAUGAAAAUGAUCAUGUUGAGGGUGAAUGUCCUAUAAAACUCACCUCUGUCCAAGUUAAAGAUGGUAGAAGCUCUCCAAAAUUCACCCUCCGUGUCUGGCUGAAAGCUGAUGACUUCUUUAAAUACCCAAUUAUUGAAAUUCUCUUACGAUACAAAAAGGAGGUUCUCAGGCCUGUCCAGAAAAGGAAACACAAGUGUGGCAAUAAAAGACGUGGAGAUGAAAUCCUAGUCAGAUGCUCCAGUAGAGGUCUCACACAAACAUUGACACAUGGGAAUACCAGUUUGGCCCUAUGGGAGCUGGUUUAUGGUUUUAUUGGUGAAGAUGCAAGUCACGUUUCUGUGACCUAUAGAACCAACUCAUCAAACUGCAGCAUCACUUACUCAGUACCAAAGCCCCGACCAGACUUCACCGUGUCUGUGAACAAGUCUUCUAAAACCGUUGGUGUUAUUAUGGAGUCUGAAGAUGAAGUGUUUGUCAAGUUGUGUUAUAAAGUAAAUGAUAUGCAAUGCAACGAGGUAGAAACCCCACAAAAAAAGUCACAAUCAGCUCUCCUCAACAUCCCUUAUCUGCUACCCUGCGUGUGCGUACAGGUUUAUUACACCUAUACAGAUGCAUUGCGACAUCAAAAGUGCCCAUUUCAAAAUAAAAGCCUCAUAGAUGUCAGGGAUAUUCUGCGCUCCUCUGAAGUUAGUCUGUACGACUCGUACAUUCACUGGAGGUAUGAGUGUCCUGCCAUCGAUCUGAACAUCGCUGCUUCCCUCUGCUGGAAGCAGCAAGAGCAGCUCUGCAUACCUGUGCUCAAUUUCACAUUGGAGAAGCAAAAUGGAUCAACCCUGAUGUUCAAUACGGCAGCAGUGGACAAACACCCUCAAAUUUGCGUGCAAUUUAAUGUACAAGGGAGCAUUGACACCAAAUGCCUCUUCCAGGCUGAUAUGUCUUCUUGGGAGGUGAAUACUGGACCAGGCCUGCAGAGCAUAUCCGUGUUUCUCACCUCUUCUGCCUCGGCAAAAUUCUCAGCUCAACUCUGUGUCCUCGCUGAGCAGGGGUGCACGCCCAGGGGACCAGUCCACUCUGUAACAAUGGAGGGAAAUGGCAUUGAGAACAGGAUAAAUGUACCUGUUCUGAACCUCACUGAGAAGCCGUGUGUGCAGGUGUGGCAGUCAGAUCCUUAUCUCAAUGGAAGAAGAAUCCUGUGCCCUGACUACACACACAAAAGAGAGGGCCUAUAUGCAGCAGCAGCUUUGUUGUUUGUGGUUCUUGUCACAUUACUUGGAUUGUUCUUCCACCGUUUCAUUAAAAGUGUCACAUCAGGUUGGCUGAUUAUCCACAAGCCUUUGCUGCUGGUGUGUUCGUCAGAUCAGUCGAGCCAUAUCUCCUCUGUGUGUGCCUUGGCGUUGAUACUGCAGAGGGAGCUCGGCGCCACGGUGCACACCUCUCUGUGGGCCCAAAGCUCACAAAGGCAGGAUGGAACUGGAGCAGGUGUGGCAGAUCUGGGCCCACUUCCCUGGCUGUAUGGACAGUGGGAAGCUGUCUGUAAGGCGCAAGGGAAAGUACUGAUUAUAUGGAGUACUGAGGCCAAUAAGACCUAUGAGAAUUGGAGGAAAGAAAGGGCAAACAUGAGUAAGAGUGAGAAAAAAACAGAGCACUGCAGGAAAGAGGAUUUCAAACGGAAUGGAAGAAAGCUGGGAAAAUACAGAAAAGAAAAAGUGCUAGGAGAAAAAGGCUUUGUCGAAUUAUGUGAUAAUAAAGACUGGCACCCGGAGAGGGAGCCCUCUACUGUGAUAGAGUCUGUGUUUCUGGCUGCUCUGGUCUCUCUAGAGGCAGCACUGCAGGAGUGCAGAAGUCAGGGAGUUGCCAUUGUCUAUUUCCAGGGCCUUUGCCACAGCAAGGAUAUCCCAAAAACCCUCAGAGGUGUUUCUCAGUACUGUUUACCUCAAGACUUCAGUGGUUUAAUACAAGAGCUUGGACAGCUGAGAAGAAGGACAAAAAAUGGGGAGUUUCGAUGGCACUGCUGGCCCAGACUCGUGUCUAAAGGGCUGUCAGUGUGGCUGGCACGAAAACUCGCGCAAAGGCUGCAAACAUUGCUACCUCAGAAGCAAGGACGUAAACCACAUGGGCUGACUGUCACAUCCACAUCAUCAGUGAAAGUGACAUCAGACCAACAGAGCAGGCUCAGGUUGCCAGUGGCUGCUGAACUGGGAAGCCUGCAGGAGCGAGAGCUUCUCCAGGGGUCAUCAUGGGGAGCGGAGAAGCCCUGAUCUCAAGUUUCACCGACUGCGCUUUUGUUCAGCUGGAAACACAGGGACCUGGAGCUCUACUGUUAAGCACCUCACAACUUCUGACCCCGCAGGAACUAUUGCAUUACUCGUCAACCCUUAUUUGUACAUGAAGAAGAGGUCCACAUGACUUACUGUCUCCUGCAUUUCAAACAGAACAGUCUUUAUGUUAGCUUUUGUGUAUGAAGCCAGAGCAAACACCUGUCUUAUCUCUGUAAAUAUGCUAAACUAUGAAAAUCGUAUUGCAAAUGUUCCCUCUCUCUCUCUUCAUGCAUGCAUUUACUGUUUGAAAAAGCUAUGAUAGCACAGGUACCACACUGUGUGGCGGCUGUUUGCAAAAACACACACAUUAAGAUUUUCAAAACUUACAUGAAGCCAAAGCUGUCCACAUAUUUCCCUUUUCUGAGUGCUGCACAUACAAAUAUGAUGUGUCUCUCCUUUUUUGGUGUAAACGGUGGUCAUAUGUUUUGAAGUCAUGAUAUUGGAAGGUCCAUGACUAUUGCAUCAAGUAAUGAUGGUCCAGUUUUUUUCACAGCGCUGUUGUUGAAUUAUUUUGGCACACAUACUACCUCCUACUUUCAAAUUAACGAAACCUGAAACCUUUCAUAUUGCAAACCUAAAUUCAGGAAUCAUAAAGAUUUGAGAAUUUGAAAAAAAAAAGAAAAAUAAAUGCUGCAUUAUUCAAAUAGUUGAAGCCCUGCUGUUACCUCAUAAAUCUCAUAGCAUGAGAUCUGGAACAACCCAGACAUUCUGAAAAAUGAUACAAAGACGGUAAACUUCACUCAGUGGAGAGAACAAGGAAUAAAGUAUUUACAACAUAUAAUCAUAAGUGGAAAUUUUGUACCUUUUAACACUCACUGUUCAAUAUGGAAUUAGCAGUAACACAUUUUUAGAAUACCAACAACUCAAGUGCAUAAUAAGUAAAAAAUAUAAACUCAACCAACUGCAUCUGCAACUUCCCAUCAGGUAACAGAAUUACUUAAUCCGGGUCCGGGGGGCAGGUCUCCCCCGGCGGGGGGGACUCGGAUGGGUCGGGCAGCUGGAGAAUUAGAAAAAAAAGAAAACAAAUCAACUUUACAACUUACAACCGGCUGGGGUACUUUCCGACAUGUUACAUAUUUUCCAGGGAUCUAAUCCAGGUCAACGGUAAACUGUAUGCAAAGCACCUGUAAACUGUUAACCCAGAGCUCAUUGAAUCUACAUGAAACAAAUACAACUGCCUAUUUAGGAAGUACUGUUUUUGUCCUACAGUGAACCAUGUUGAGGUGUUUGUUAACUCAUCCUUGUUGGCUUUAUACAAGUGUGGAUGCUGAAUAUCGGUAAAUGUUUUGAUUUACAAAAUGAAGUGUCUUUAAUUGAAGUACUUUACCAGUUUUGUCAUGUAGUGUUUCUAAUGUGUAAGGCCUUAAUCCAAACCAUCCUCCAAACCUGUUUUUGUGGAUUGUUUUUUUUAACUCAUUUAUACCUAAGACUUUAUAAAAAACUAAACUUGCCAGGCGUGGUUAAAAGCCCAACAAAACCCAACUGAGUGAUAGACCUUCACCGCUCACUUCUCUCAGAUCCACAUGAAUUACUCUGACAUUGUCAACUUAAAAGCAUCAUUCUGAAAACAUAAUCUAAGUAUUUGUUUGGAUCAAAUUCUAUCUUAAAGCAAAUUAGUAGAUUUGUAAUAGGCAUAAAAUGAGGAGUCAAAUAACAGUUAAAGAGCAUGCUGCGUGGGCCCCCUUUCUGUCAAGGAAAUGCAUGUACUGACAAAACCGAUCCUGUAUAGUUUUGCAUAAAACAGCACAGGUGUUUCUGUCUGCAACACAAACAAGAACCUGAUAGUAGACUUUACUGGCCAAUUCGCCAAUAAAGUUUAAUCAUGAAGAUUAAUGAUUAAAUGCUGGAAUGUUACUAUCAAGCUGUACUCUUUCUCUGAAGAUCAACUGAGUCAACUGAAGCUAAACCAUGGAAGUCCCAUCCUCUCAACUCUGACAAAUAACCAGUUUGUAUAACCAUCAGUUUGUUGAGUUAAGCAAAGAGAAGAUAAACUGAUUACCAGAAGACACAAUGAUCAAGAUAAAAUCAUGUUUUCCAGACUGACGAUCUGUCAAUCACUAUUGUUUGCAUAACAUUGGAGUUAAAAAAAGAAGAAAAAUGUAAAGUACACAAUGGAAGAAAGUGUACUCUGAGAAAUGUGAGCCCUGUAAUAACUUUUAGUGAGGUUGUAGAGCAUGGGGUUUUUGGAAAGGGCUGACACGACUUUCAAACAUUUUAUAAAUAAAUGACAUCAGCCACUGUUUCAACAGCCAUGAGCUCCUCAGAGAAGGUCCCUCACUCUCAGAAAAUGGACGUAACUAAUGUUCAUCAAGGAAGAAAGCGGCUUAAGACAAUAGGUGAGACUUUUCAGGUGGCUUAUUUCCUCUUUUGCUAGAAAUCAAAGUUACCACUAUGGAGUAAAGGUUUUGGUAUAACAAAAGAUCUGUAGGAUGCUGAAAAAAGCUGCGAAAUGCCUCUGGUUUGUUAUCUUAAAAU